GCAAGGGGACCGGGAAAAGGCUGACAGCCCCAAGUCGCCGCGGGAAGUUAGAAUAGACUCCGCAGGGAGGAGGACCAGAGUGACUGAGGUGAAGUCAUGUGGCAGCUGCUGAUCCUGCUGGCCCUGUGGCUGGGCACAGUGGGCUUGGGCAGGGCCGAGCUCACUGCAGCCCAGCACCAGGGCCUGCAGGUGGCCCUGGAGGAAUUCCAUAAGCACCCGCGUGUGCAGUGGGCCUUCCAGAAGACCAGUGUGGACAUUGCCAUGGACAAGCCCACCCAGGCGGGGACCUUUGUGAGGCUGGAAUUUACGCUCCAGCAGACAGGCUGUGGGAAGAAGGACUGGAAGAGAACUGAGUGCAAGGUCAAGCCCAAUGGGAGGAAGCGGAAAUGCCUGGCCUGCAUCAAGCUGAACCCUGAGUUUAAAGUCCUGGAGCGGAUGGUCCACUGCCCCAUAGAGAUGCAGACUCGACAGGGGCCCAAGGAGCAACAGGAGACCCAGUGCAGCAGGAUUGAGCAGGCCCACGAAGGAGCCCACAGAUACUACUUCCCAGGACAAUAUGCCUUUCUCCAACGUCCUGAUUCCGGCUGAGGCCCUGACUGAAUUCAAUCUUGUUUUCUGGACAGCUGUGGAAUGUAACAAGUGAAUCAGCCCUCCCCUGUGCCCAGGGAAGAUCAUCUAAUGAACCCCAAAUUAAUAAAAAUGCCCUCAGA